AUGCGUUAUGGGCCGCAAUUUCAUAUCUUUAGUCUUUUGAUCUCUGGAUUAUUUUACUUUUCCGAGGGUAAACCAUGUCCUGAGAAAAUCCAACCUCACAAAAGUCGCUGUGAUGUUUAUUUUAAAUGUGUUGAUCUUCCUUCAAUGAACCAUAUCUGGAUACCUGAGAAAUGUGAACAGGGUUUAAUAUUUGACCCUGAUUUAAGAAUGUGUGUCCUUCCUGGUGAAAAUUGGGAGUGUAAUCUAGAGGAAUUCAUUGGAAUUAGUGAAACUAAUAAUGAUGAAAAUAUUUUAUUUGGAAGUUCAGGCGACGAAGUAUCAAAAAGAUCAUUAGAUCUUGAAGAAGAAUUUGUCCCAGCUGCUGGUACUGAUGAAAUCGAUAGUGAAAGUGAAGAAGAAAUCGAUGAUAGUGUUAAAGAGUCUGAUUAUAUUACUGUUGAUGAUAGUGAAAGUGGAUUAGUGAGUGAACGUGAUUUUGAGUCAAGUGGUGAUGGAGUAGGUGGUUCGGAUUAUAUUUUAUUGGAUACUUUAACCCCUGAGAAAAAAACCAACGAAGAAAGUUCUGCUGAUCUUGAGGAUAAACCAGCAGCUCCAACGAAAGUCGAUCCGAAUUUAACAGCUCAUCUCCAACGACUUACUCAGCUUAUCGACGGACUUAAACAAACCUAUCAGAAUAAAGACUCUGCUUCAGCCGAUCUACGACCAGAUCAAUUGAAUGCAUUUCUAGCGCAUUAUAACAUCAAAGCUCAGCUUGAUUCAAUAGAUCCUGCUAAAGAAGCUGUUAUACCUCAACAAAAUCAAUCAGAACCAGUGGAAUCAAUCUCUUCAAAUAGCUCUCAACUUGAUCCAGAAACUAAAGUAAUCCUUACUAAUCAACUACCAAACAGUUUUAAUCCCCAUCCACAAGAUGGUUAUUCAAAUUCACAAAUAGUUGUUAAUAAACCAGAAGGAUCAGUAUUAUUUACCCUGGGAAAUCAACCACAGGAUACUAUAAUCGAUCAUCGAUAUGAUCCUAAAAUUUCAGAAGACACAUUAAAGACAGUUCUUCAAUUAUCAAAACAGAUGCUUGAUAGUCAAGAUGUUCGAAGAGUUGUUCCCAGUUCAGCUUAUUAUCCUCAAGUUGUUCAACCAAUCUAUCUGCCACCACCUCUUCCCCAAUAUGCAAAUAAUGCCUUCAAUCAGCAUCAGUUUUACGAAAAUACACAAUAUGAUAAACCAACUUAUUACGGUGCAUCGAAAAAGCCUGAAAAAUCGGGUACGACAAUCAUUCACAAUAAUGUAAAUGUUGUACCGUCUGAUGAUCAAGUCGAUAGUUAUGGCCAAAAAUUGCAUUCAUACCCUCCAUUUCCAACCUAUCAGUACUCCAGUGAAGGAUCAUCUGAAGUUCAAGAUCAUAAUUUAGGAAAUCGCUAUGAAAAUAAUCAACUUGUUACAGUUCGCCCAAAUAAAGGUUAUUCCCACUAUCAACCGACAACAACGCCAUCUAGACCUUUUAUCAAAGAUUCUGGAUCAACUUUAUUCGAUUAUUACACUCCAAGUCCACAUCUUGAUGAAACUAAUGUAAAUUCAGUCUUUCAAAUGGAAAAAUAUCCAACCUUAAAUAUUGGAUCGUAUUCUGGAAGACCACCAACCAAAAGUCACAAACGUCCAGUACAACUUUUCCCAGCUCAUAUUGAUCCAUCAAAAGUUAAAAUUCGACCAAAUAGUCAGAAACUAGAAAGUAUGGAACAAGACUCGGGUGAUGAUAAUAAUGUUGCUGAUGAAGAAGAUGAAAAUGAUCGAAGUUCUUAUGGUUCAAGUGACGAUGAUGAUAAUCAAUCAGAGACCUACAAUCAUUAUAAUGCAAACAAACAGAUCACGGCCAGUCAAUUAGCACAUUAUGUGGGCCAGCUGACUGGAAGUAAAGCACCAAUAUCAUCACCAUCACAACAAAUCUAUGGUAGUGAUUUGUCAGCAUUUCAGCAACAGAAUGAAGAUGAAAGUCAAUUAGGAGGUUAUCCGGGGAAUCUUUUGGCAUAUGAUUUAUUCAAGGAGCCAUCAUCUUAUGAUAAUUCCAAACCAGAUGCAAGUAGUUGUCCAGUUGGUAUAAGACAACCAAAUACAACUGAAUGCACUCGAUAUUAUGUUUGUAGUAGGGAAGAUGGUCGUGUGAUGCAGUAUUCAUGUCCAUCGUUUACUGCAUUUAAUCCACAAACGAGGAUUUGUGAUGCACAAUAUUACUCCAUUUGUCAUCCGAGGGCAGUGAUAAGUCGGUAUACAAUUUCUGAAAAUCAAAGAGUUCAGUUGGAAGCUAUAAAAGCUUUGCACGAUGCUAAACGUAUUCGUGAACAGGCUUUACGAGCUCAGAAUAUUGCAUUGCGUUUGCGUUUAGGAGAGCAUGAUAAAAACCAUCAUGCUUCAACGACAGCAGCGCCACAGCAUCAGCAGUAUUCAUCGGAAGUCUUGUCGAAUUUCUUGCAAAAUGCUAUCGAUUCGAAUUCUUUGAUGUCAAGUGGGAGCUCAGAUAAAGAUUCGUCAUAUUCGAGUUCGGUUUCACAAAGACCAGAUAAUUAUAUAAGUUCGUCAUCGUCAUCGGGAGGCAAUCGCAAAAGAAAAUACUAUUGUAAAGAAGGUGAUAAGGUAGCCGAUCAAACGUCGAUUUAUAAUUAUUUUGUUUGCUAUAAAAAUUCGCAGGGUGUGAUGAAGGGUCAUAAAAUGAAGUGUUCCGAGGGACUAUUGUUUUGUCCAAUGACUUCGAUGUGUACACUACCAAAAAGGUGUUCGUAA